AUGACAACUAUGACCUUCGGACAGGGAGAAGUCAAGAAGGCGUUUGAUACAGUGCAUCGUGAAUUACUUUGGGAAAUCGUCAGACUAAGAGGAAUCCCAACAAGGAUUACUGGAUUAAUAACACGCCUGCAUACUGGUACUGAAAGUGCUGUAAAGUGUGGUGGGGACCUGUCGAGCUUCAUCCCUGUUAGUUCUGGAGUGAGGCAAGGCUGUGUUCUUGUACCUGCACCUUUCAACACUUUGGUGGCUCUAGAUGUAUUCAGCAAUGAAGUGAAGCCUUUGAGUCUACAGAACUUGGAGCAAGACCAAGAUCCAGGACUUUGGAGGCCUGCUCAGAGAACCUGUUCAGAAGUCAGCAGUAAGACUGGCUUGGCAGCAGGGGCCAUGAACUCUCGGCAAAAGUAUUUGGAGAUGCUGGCACCUGUGCAGAAGGAUCAAGCUUCAUGUCUUCAAGGCUUGAUACUGCCAGUUUUACUAUAUGGUAAUGAAGCCUGGACAUUAUGGUGCCUUAGAAUCUCGUCUUGA